GCAAAACGAAGAGGAGGAUAAAAAGAGCCCGCAGAGAACCAGAAACCGAUUUUGCAAAGUUUUCGUCGGUCGGCCAAAAAAAAAAGGUUCAAAUUCCGGGUUUUCGCAGCUCCUGUUGCGCGAUUCCGGACAGCUUGCAACCCCCACCCGCCUCGGCAGUGGCAGUGAAGUUGGGGUUCGUGGUGACUCCGCCCCGAGUGUUGUUGUUCCGUUCGGUCCCGGCGAUUUUGAAGCAGCCCCAAAAUGUCCGACCUCGACGAUGACUUCAUGUGCGAGGACGAGGAAGAUUACGGAUUGGAAUAUUCCGAGGACAGCAACUCCGAGCCGGAUGUGGACCUGGAGAACCAGUACUACAACAGUAAGGCGCUCAAGGAGGAGGCCCCGCACGAUGCCCUGAAGUCGUUCCAGAAGGUGCUGGACCUGGAGAAUAACGAGAAGGGAGAGUGGGGAUUCAAGGCCCUGAAGCAGAUGAUCAAGAUCAACUUCAAAUUGCAAAACUACCCGGAAAUGAUGACCCGGUACAAGCAAUUGCUGACGUACAUCAAAAGUGCUGUAACCCGUAACCAUUCGGAAAAGUCGAUCAACUCGAUUCUGGACUACAUCUCGACCUCGAAGAACAUGGAGCUGUUGCAAAACUUCUACGAGACCACGCUGGAAGCGCUCAAAGACGCCAAGAACGAUCGGCUCUGGUUCAAAACCAACACCAAGCUCGGGAAGCUGUACUUCGACCGGAACGACUUUGGCAAGCUCCAGAAGAUCCUCAAACAGCUGCACCAAUCCUGCCAGACGGACGACGGCGAGGACGACCUCAAAAAGGGCACCCAGCUGCUGGAAAUCUACGCGCUCGAGAUCCAAAUGUACACCGUACAAAAGAACAACAAAAAGCUAAAGGCCCUCUACGAACAGUCCCUGCACAUCAAAUCGGCCAUCCCGCACCCCCUCAUCAUGGGCGUCAUCCGGGAGUGCGGCGGCAAGAUGCACCUGCGCGAGGGCGAGUUCGAGAAGGCGCACACGGACUUUUUCGAGGCGUUCAAAAACUACGACGAGUCCGGCUCGUCCCGGCGCACGACCUGUCUCAAAUACCUCGUCCUCGCGAACAUGCUCAUGAAGUCCGGCAUCAACCCGUUCGACUCGCAGACGAACCUGGUCGUGAGCUACCAGAACAACGACAUCAUGGAGUUCGAGUCAACCCUGCGAAACAACCGGUACAACAUCAUGGCCGACCCGUUCAUCCGGGAGCACAUCGAGGACCUGCUGCGGAACAUCCGCUCCCAGGUACUGAUCAAGCUGAUCCGCCCGUACACCAAGAUCACGAUCCCGUUCAUCUCGAGCGAGCUGAACAUCGAGCCGGUCGAGGUGGAGAGCUUGCUGGUGUCGUGCAUUCUGGACAACACCAUCCAGGGCCGCAUCGACCAGGUGAACCAGGUGCUGGAGCUGAACAAGGAGGCGCGCUGCGGCGCCCGGGACAGCGCCAUCGAGAAGUGGUCCAACCAGAUCAACUCGGUACAGACGGCCAUCAUCAACAAGAUGGCUUAGAAGCAGGAGCAAGAGAUGAAGACGGAACUGAACGGUGAUGAGCCCCCCACAGCUGAGAAAUGAAAAAGCUACUUACGAUAAUAUUCGACAGACA